AUGGGAAAUAAAGUGGCAACAUUCACUGAAGAACAACUCGAAGAUUACCAAGAUUGCACUUUUUUUACACGCAAAGAAAUCUUAAGAAUAUUUAAGAGAUUUCGAGAAAUAGGAGAUCCUGGAAUGAUACCACGUACUAUGACACCACAAGAGGCAUCGUCUCUUCGUUUGCCUUUGUCAUAUUUGGCUCGUAUUCCUGAACUAAAGGAAAAUCCAUUUAGAGAACGAAUCUCGGAAGUUUUUACGCAACAUCAGGAUUCAGGACAAUCAACGUCCCUCUCCGAAGGAAUUUGUUUCGAGGAAUUUCUCGAGAUGUUGUCCGUGUUCUCUGAACAAGCACCACGGGAUUUGAAAGUGUUUUACGCCUUCAAAAUUUACGAUUUCGACGAGGACGGGGUGUUGGGUCUGAGCGAUUUGGAGCGCACCUGUCGGCAGCUAACUCGAGGUGGGCUAAGUGCCGAAGAGGUGGCUACCGUGUGUCGAAAAAUUCUGGAGGAGAGCGACAUAGACGGCGAUGGGGCUCUGUCUUAUCUCGAGUUUGAGCACGUUGUAACAAGAUCCUCCGAUUUUAUGGCGACUUUUCACAUAAGAAUAUGAAUUGUACAAUCAUACAAUCGAUCAAAUUGAAAUUAACAAUUAUAUGUGUAUUUAAUGAAUACACGUUCAAAUUAUUAAUAAUCGAAUAUAAAUUAUUGUGAAUAUUAA